AAGGGACUGACCUCUCCACUCACACACACACACACAGCGGACAGCAACGAGCUGUGUCAACAUGGCGGCUUGCGGGCGGUUCUGCCACCGACAACCAUAAGCGGCCCAUAUUCCUAACGGGCCCAGGACUGGCCCGGAACUGGCCCGGAGGACCACGGAUAACUAGCCACUGCUCCUCCGGUCCUCCUGAUUGUGUGUGCAUGUGAGUGUGUGUGUGUGUGAGUGACUGGGAGUGUGUGUGUGUGAGUGGGAGCGUGUGUGUGAGUGUGAGUGUGUGUUGCGAUGGAUGCUGAGUCUCCAGUGGUGGUAGCAGGACCUUCUCGAGUGUUUUGUGGGCGGAGACGGAGCCGGAAGGUGGGCAGGGCCGAUAUAUUUAGGGGCGUGUCCGUACGAGAACUGCAGAGAUUGUUCCGCUCUUCAGGUGAUGAGGAGGCGGAGCAAAGAGCUCAGGUGGUGUGGGAGCGGGACGGAGGAGCUGAACUCGCCCAGGCGCUUAUGGGAUUGCGAGCAAGAGGCCGGCGAAACAGAAGCGCUGCACACACACUUGGCCCACGCUGGCUGCGCGCCUUCACACACCUCAGGAUCAGUGAGUGCAGCACAAGUCAGGACGACACAGAGGAUGGCUACCCUGAACCUAACACACCCUCCAAUGCUGCGGACACAAACACACACACUCCCACGCGCACACACGCUGCUGCUGCUGCUGCUGCGGUCACACACACCCCACCGCAGACACACACCUCUGGAGCGCGGGGAGGAGACGGGGAGAGCAGCGAAGAUGAGGCCCAACACACACACACACCUCCACACACAUCCUCACCCUUACACACACACAUCCUGUCUCCCCUGUCUCUGAGCAGCCGUGUGGGUUUGCAUAGGGGAGUCCACAGCAACCCAGAACGCUACCUACACCGCAUCAUACACUAACACACACACAUGCA